CGUUAGAUGGCAGCACGAUGUAAACCUAAAAAACCGAAGUGUAAAAAAAACGUUUUAAAAAAAUAAUGAACCCGUUGAGUUUAAAUCGAUUAAUUAAUUAGCCGUUAAUUAUUCAUAAAAAAAUCGUCUCUAAAUCCAAAUGAAGAAAACACGAACAUAAAAAUUCGACUACAAAAAAAAAGCCGUAACAUAACCUAUAAAGUUCACGUUUUGUGGUUGUUGAUGUUAUUUUAAAGAAAACCGUUCAAAAAUACCGCAAAAAUAUGGAAGUUACUAAAACAAAUUUUGAAGAAGUUCUCCCAAAAAUUAAAGAAUCCGUGGACAAAUCAACCUUUUUAACCAUCGAUUGCGAAUUAACCGGAUUAAGCACCACCAACGACGUUAACAGUUAUGAUACACAAAAAUCGUAUUAUGAAAAAGUUAGAAAAGGAUGUAAAGAUUUCCUCGUUAUUCAAUACGGAAUUUGUACUUUUAGAUAUGACGAAAAAUCGAAAUCGUUUAAACACCAAGCAUUUAAUUUCUAUAUUUUUCCAAAAGCCGUACCAAAACACGUCCCCGAUCAACGAUUUUUGUGCCAAGCUUCGAGCAUAGAUUUCUUAAUAACUCAAAAUUUCGAUUUUAAUAAGUUAUUUAGGGACGGUAUUCCUUAUUUAAACGAACACCAAGAAGCGAAAUACCGCGAUUCUUUGAAAGAAGUACAAAAAGUUCGCGCAACUCAAGCAUCUUCAAACAAUUUGAACGAAAGUCGCGUUGUUUCUUCGAAAGAACAAGAUAAAAUUUUUAUUGAAAACAUAACCAAGUCAAUUAAAGACUUUAUUAAAUCGAAAGAUGAAGAAUUAGUUUUACCAAAAUGUAACGGAUUUUUACAAUUUUUGGUUUUCCAAUUAAUUAAGCACGAUUUUGAUGAUAAAGUUAACGUUAAAAGUCGCGAUCGCGAUAAAGUCUUGGUGGUUACAAAGUUUAAAGGGAUACAAGACCGGUUGGAUGAAGAAAAAAGGACCGUCCAGGAAGAGGAAAAUGAGUUAGAUGGCACAAUUGGGUUUUCAAAAGUUAUUCAAUGUAUCACUCAAUCAGGAAAGUUGGUUAUUGGACAUAACAUGUGCUUGGAUCUUUUACACACCAUAGAUAAAUUUUUAAUUCCCCUUCCUGAGGAUUACAACGAAUUUAAGGAUUGCGCCCAUAUGCUUUUUUCGCAAGUUUUAGAUACAAAAUUUAUGUCUUGUAUGGACCCGUUUAAAUCGCUGAUUACAUCAAACGUUUUGGGGCACCUUUUAGAAACGGUUUCGAAAGAUCCUUUUGAAACGCCACGAAUAAACGUUGAAAGUGAAGGUUAUAGUUUGGAAGAUAAAAGGGAACAUGAGGCUGGUUAUGACGCUUUUAUAACCGGGGUAGCGUUUUUGGCGAUGUGGCGCCAUUUGGGGUCGAUUGAAAAUUUCGAUUACGACCAAAAUUUUGGAAAUUUUCGACUUUUAACACCUUAUAUUAAUAAAUUAUUUUUAAUGCGAUUACAAGACACUCCGUACAUCCAUUUAGGAGGAGACGAUCCGAUUCCCCCACGAGAUCACGUUUUUUAUCUAACUUUUCCCAAGGAAUGGAAACAAAAUGAUAUAGUACAACUUUUUAGUCCUUUCGGAUCUGUACAUAUUUCAUGGAUAAACGAUAGAUCUGCUUAUGUAGGAUUAGCGAAACGCAAUCAAGCGGCAAUAGUACUUAACACAUUGUCACAGAGCGACACCUACAGGAUAAUGACCUACGAUAGCCGACAAAUUCAAUUGGGGGCUGCUUCGUUGAAUAAAGAGACUUUAACCCGGAGUAAGUGGCCCGAGGGUCAUGCGACGAAACGGAGGAAAAUCUCGGAGCGACACGAAUCCGAUAGAAAUCAAAACUCGGACAUGGAUUCGCCCGGAAAAGGAGAUGCGUUUGUUGAUUCUUUAAUAACGUCCGAACCGGUGCCCAUUGUUAAACCGAGCCGGAAACGAACUAUUUCGAAAACGUUCGCUGAAGAUAAUAGUUGGGAAUGAGGAGUACUUUUUUAAUAAGAAAAGGUGUUUUUGUAAACAAUAGAUACAUGUUUUAAUUAA